AUGCGACCGCCUUCACUCCGGCCCCCGGUGAUCAACAUCGCCAACGGCACCUUCUACCGCAACCACCCCAACACCAGCUCCCUCCACCCCAACCCGGCGCUCUUCGCAAAUCUCAACUUCACCCUCCCCUUAGCCACCGACCCGCCAACUCAUUGGUAUGUCGUCGGGCCAUCCCUCAGCGGGAAGACCUCUUUCUUACAGCUCCUCCGCGGCGAACACCUGUGCUUCCCGCCAGCCGCGCGGAGCUACCCCUACCUGUCCACAGACGCAGUACCGCACCGUCUAAGAGUGCCGAACAAGGCAAUCCGCUACGUGGGUUUCAACAACGACGGCUUCGGACCGGGCGUCACCACGUCAGCCUACCUGUCCGCGCGCUAUGAGUCCAAGCGUGAGACAACCGACUUCUCGCUGCGCGACUUCCUGCUCGGCAACACUGAGCUGAACGCCCUGCAGCGCACACGGGAUGACGAGCCCGACUUUGCCCUGCUGGACCGCGUGGUGCGGGAUCUGAAACUCGCGCAGCUGCUGGAUCUCCCCGUGGCGUUCUUGAGCAAUGGACAGGGUCGUAGGGCUCGGAUCGCUAGGGCCCUGCUGACGGCGCCUGAGGUCCUGCUGCUGGAUGAGCCGUUCAUGGGGCUUGAUCCGCCGACGGUGGCGGGGUUGAGCCCGCUGCUGCAUGCGCUGGCGGAGAAGGCGAGUCCGAGGCUGGUCUUGAGCGCGAGGCCGCAGGACCCUAUUCCGGAGUGGAUCACGCAUUUGGUCUACUUGCGGGGUGAUUGUCAGGUGGGAGCUAUGGGCAAGAAGGAGGUUGUGCUCGAGGGGCUGAGGAAGUAUGUGCGGGGUGUGCACAAGGGUACUUUGAAAGAGGACGGCAGGAUGGCCGUCCAAAAUAUCGUUCAGAUGGGAAAGACGUUGACUGCCAAGGGGAUCGAGGGGAACGCUUUGCUGAAUGAAGAACAACAAGCAGAUGGUGUGGCUCAGACACCAGAAGAUCGAUCGCCCAGAAAUAUUGGAGAACCUCUGGUGGAGAUGGAGGGGUGUCAGGUACAAUACCGAGGCAAGAUUGCACUCGGAAACUGGAAGCAGCAGGUCAAAGGAAAGGAGCAAGAAGGCCUCGUCUGGACAGUCCGAAAGGGGGAGAGAUGGGGUGUCUUUGGACCCAACGGAUCUGGCAAGACUACGAUUGUGUCGCUUAUUUGCUCGGACCAUCCGCAGACAUAUUCGAUGCCGAUCAAGCUAUUCGGAAGGAGCAGACUACCCGAACCUGGCUCUAAGACGUUACCGCUGACCUUCUGGGACAUACAGUCGCGGAUUGGUCAUUCCAGUCCUGAGAUUCACCAGCACAUGCCUCGGAGUCUUACUGUGCGGCAGGUCAUCGAAAAUGCAUGGGCCGACACGUUCCGAAGUAAGGCGAAAUUGGACAGUGAUGCGAAGGAGAAAGUUGAGGCGUGUCUGCGGUGGUUUGAGGCAGAGCUGAACCCAGCAUACGUCGCCCCCUCAAAAUCCAUGCCCCAGUCAAAGGACGAUAGUCUACACUGGGCGGAUUACUACAUGUUCGGUGAACUAUCCUUCUCGGCCCAGCGAGUAGCGCUCUUCCUGCGCGCUAUCAUCAAGAACCCGGACAUCGUCGUCCUCGACGAAGCGUGCAGUGGCAUGGACGACGGCGUCCGAAACCGCUGCCUGCUAUUCCUGGAGAAGGGCGAGACGAGAGAAUACGCCAAACAAGACGACGGCUCGGAGAUCGUCGUCGAGAGUGAGGCCUCGCUUGCAGGCAAUGUCAAGGUCGGGGGCCUGACCGAGGAACAGGCGUUGAUAUGUAUCAGUCACGUCAGAGAGGAGAUACCGGAUUGUAUCAGGGAGUGGUUCUGCUUGCCCGAGCCGAACUCGGGAGAGCCUGCUAGAUUUGGCGUGUCCAACGCGCCGUUGGGUCGCGACGAGAAGAGCUGGAAGCAGAUAUGGGGUAUGUGA